AUGACCUUUCUUAGUAUUGAUCAUUCUUGUUUUUUUUUUUUUUUUAAUUUCUCCUUCCCUUCCCUCUUUAUUGGCCCGACUAUUAUGCAUAUGGCUCUUCAUCCCAACUUUCAGAUACCCAAUCGAAACUCCAAAUUGAAACCGAACGAAAAGUAAAUUACAUGAACCUUGACAUAAAACGGUUAUAACGUCGUCUUCAUACCUCUAACUCUCAACAUCAAUUCUCAACCAAACACAGUAUACUCAUUUUUGCUUUUCAAACAUCGAUUCUCUUCUCAUAUACUCCAAAGCUUCGAAGAACACUGUAUCUACACGGAUCUGAAAAUCAUUGUGAAAUCAAUUCUGACACAUUACAUCGGAGAAGAAGAAAUGCGUAGCCGGGGAUCACAAAACCGGCUAUCUGGUAACUCUUUUGGAUCUCGAGUUUCUGCUCUUAUCUUUACCAUGAUUGCUACCAUGGCCACUAUAUAUGUUGCCGGCAGGCUAUGGCAGGAUGCGCAGAGUAGGGUCUAUUUAAUCCAACAGCUUGAAAAAAGAACUUCUCAGGGUCAUUCUGCCGUAUCUGUUGAUGAUACACUGAAAAUCAUAACCUGCAGGGAACAGCAAAAGAAGUUGUCUGCUCUAGAGAUGGAGUUAUCUGCAGCUAGAAAGGAAGGGUUUGUUCCAAAGCAAUUGUCAGCCAACGAUGGGAAGCAACCUACAAAAAAGAUACUUUCGGUUAUUGGAGUAAUGACAACCUUUGGCCGAAAAACGAAUAGAGAUGCAAUCCGUAAGGCAUGGAUGCCAUCAGGUGCAUCUAUAAAAAAUCUAGCAGAACAGAAAGGCAUCAUUGUGAGAUUUGUAAUAGGGAGAAGUGCAAAUCGUGGAGACAGUUUGGACAAAGAGAUCGAAAAAGAAAAUAGUCAGACCAAUGACUUCAUCAUUCUUAAUGAUCAAGUAGAGGCAGUUGAAGAGAAUGCAAAAAAGACAAAGUCGUUCUUCAUUUAUGCCGUGGACAACUGGGAUGCUGAAUUUUAUGCUAAGGUCAACGAUGAUGUCUAUGUUAAUCUUGAUGCCCUUGGAGGAGUUCUAACUUCUCAUUUGGCCAAACCCCGUGUAUAUAUUGGUUGUAUGAAAUCGGGUGAAGUUUUCUCUGAACCGACACAUAAAUGGCAUGAGCCAGACUGGUGGAAAUUUGGCGAUGGAAAAUCGUACUUUCGACAUGCUUCAGGAGAGGUCUAUGUCAUUUCAAAAGCAUUGGCUCAGUUUAUUUCAAUAAACAGAUUUAUUCUCCGUACAUAUGCACACGAUGAUGUAAGCACAGGAUCAUGGUUUAUUGGGCUGGACGUGAUGCACAUUGAUGAAAAUAAGUUUUGUUGCUCAUCCUGGUCCGCAGGGUCAAUUUGUGCAGGAGUAUGACGAUUUCUCACUGACAAUUUGAGUUAUAUACGAAGGAUGUAUAGGAAACAGAAACCUGUUACUUCGACCAUCAUUGUUUAUGCUUCAGGUGAUUUUCCUCUCUCAUAUAAUUUUUCAACCGGAUGUUGAUUCUUCGAGUUGAAGGUCAGGAACUGUUGGUUUUGAGCUCUGCCUGUGACAAUAGAUAGUUAGAGAUUGUCACACACAUGCUUUUCAGGAUUGUUCAAAUGUAUUAUUGAGAAGUUGACAUUAUACUUGUCUGAUUUUACUGAUUCCCCAUUGAAUCAUGUAAUAUUAAUUGUUAAGAUGUUACUGCAUCAUUAAUGAUUAAUAUCACUUAUUUUACUCUUCAAAGUUUAGAAGAGUCUCAACACUUUAUUUACGAGUAUCAUUUCUCAAACUGUUAUUUCUUUUUUCCUUUGAUGUGGGUAGCAAAUUUUGUGAAUGUUCUAGUAGGUUUCGAAAACUCAAACCAACUAAAUCUAUAUCGGUGUACUCUAUACGGAAUUUUUUAGGGAUCUGCUUUUAUCCCCAACAACUUUUUAAAAACCAACUCCAUUUGGAUUGGAGGAAAAAACAGUUAUCUCUGGGUCCGGACGAGAGUAAAAUUGUGGUUUUUUCUCUGGAUGUGUACUUUCAAGCGAGAUUGGUUUUUAAGAAUCAUGGAGAAGAAACUCAAUUUUGUAAGCAAACAAUUUUAGGCUUUUGCAUUUGUACGAUUAUUUGUGCGCAAUUUUAAAGGUUCCUUCGC